AUGCCUUUUGGUUUUCAUCUUCCUUCUCCGAAGAGUCAAACAAGACCACCUUCGCAACAAAUUUCGGAAGAAGGAGCAAGGUCCUCGUGCUCUAUAGAUUCAGUCCAUACUAAAUCUGAAAAUCAUGAAAUUAUUUUUGAUACAUCAAAAUUGGGGCAAAUAAUUAAAACUCCUUUAACAUUACCAAAUCAACAACAACCGAAUAAUAUUAUUGUGAAUGGUCAACAACCAUUAGAAAAUAAUAUUUCCCAAGAGCCCGCCAAGCAACAGCUUCAAAUGCCAUUGAAUACUCCAAAGAAAGAUAAUUUGCCAACAUUAUCAAAAACUCCACAAUUAAUACCCUCUUCGUUGGGUAAAAGAAAGCAAUCGCUAAAUACUGGGAAAAGUCAAGUAAUUUUAAACAAUUUUUUACCUGAGGAUGACAAGGAUGACAAGAGAACAGGAACACCAUCAGGAAAAAUGCAGAAAUUAAUACUUGAUCAAGAGGAGGAAUAUAACAUUUUAAAACCAAACAAAUAUGAAGAUUAUUUAGAGCAAAAGAGGAAAAGAACACAAUCGAGUGACAAUAAUGAAAAGAUGCUAUCAACUCCUUCAUCAUCGACGAAUUCUUUGGAUAAUGAAGAUGAUAAUGACGAUGACGACUUGUUGGCAUCGGUUUCCAAAGUUGCAGCCUCCACUCCAAUUUCUCAAACAAGUUCAUUAUCAAGCAAAACUCCAUCAUCUACUAAAUCGCCAGGCAUUAUUUUCAACAUUCCAAAGAAAAUUGGCAACAACUCAAGUGCACUGUCGAAUCAGCCUCAACAACAGGAACAAAAUCGAUAA